AUGGCCAGCGACGAGAAGAUCAUCACCUCGGAAGGAACAACCAGGAGCCCGUCUCUGCAACCGACGUUGAAUUAUGCCACUAUACCUCGAAGAAGAUAUUUUGCCGGAGCACAAGGACGACUGCUAGCUAUACAGAUUGCCGUUGCUGGCUCAAUUGGAUUUCUCCUAUUCGGCUAUGACCAAGGAGUUCUUGGGGGUCUGAAUGCGGCAGAAGAGUUCCUUGAUCAAUUCAACCACCCUUCUUCGAGUCUGCUGGGUACUAUCAACGCCAUAUACGAAAUUGGAUGUUGUGCCGGUGCUAUCGCUGUGUUUAUCUGCGGAGAAUCUUUGGGAGGUAAAAAAUGUCUCUAUAUCGGUGCAGUUACCAUGUUCAUCGGUGCAGCAUUGCAGGCUUCGUCUUUUGGAGUCCCACAGAUGAUCGUGGGACGAGUCAUAUGCGGUAUCGGCAAUGGGUUUAACACCGCCACAACACCAUUAUGGCUUUGUGAACUGCUUCCGGCUAAACGCCGAGGCAGAGAUGUGUCAAUUGCUGGCAACCUGAUUGCCUUCGGGAUCAUCAUUGCCUACUACUUCAAUAUCGGCCUGUCUUAUACAACAGGCCCGGUUCAAUGGCGAUUACCCAUUGCAUUCCAAGGCUUUUUUAUCAUGUUGCAGAUAAUAUGGACGAAGUUCCUUCCGGAAUCUCCACGAUGGCUUAUCAAACAUGGCAGGCACGAAGAGGCCAUAGAUAUCCUUGCACAGCUACACGGAAAGAACACGCCGUGUGAUUUCCCCGCUGUUGUCGAGCAGAAGAGGCUGAUCGACGAAGCUCUGGCCAUCGAGAAUGAGGGUGGACCCUGGAAAAUUACAGAAAUCUUCCACAAUGGGCCGCUUAAGAUCCGACGACGGUACAUCCUGGUGAUUGGUAUCCAGGCUAUGCAGCAGCUGAGCGGUAUUAACGUCCUCGUCUACUAUGCUCCCCACACCCUGACUACCGAUAUGGGCUUCAGCUAUAAGGAGGCCCUGUUUGUUGCAGCCGGAAUUGCUGUCACAUAUUGGGUCUUCUCAUUUUCGCAAGUUUUUUUCUUGGACCAGAUGGGCCGUCGGAGACCAUUGAUUGUUGGUGCAAUACUACAAGCCCUCUGUUUUCUUUGCGUAGGUGGACUCGCAAUCCAUAUGGCUGGAUUGCUACAGAGGAAUGUUACGCCCGCAAAGGCAAAAGCAUCCCUGUUCUUCUUUUUUGCCUAUGAAGCUAUAUUCGCCGUUGGUUGGCUGGCUAUACCUUGGCUUUACCCUGCCGAAUUCAUGCCGCUCAGGCAUCGGACGCACUCGGCAGCCAUAGCCACUGCAGCAGAUUGGAUCUUCAACUACAUGAUCGUCCAGAUCACGCCCAUCAGCAUCGGCAAUAUCCGAUGGAAGACUUACAUGAUUUUCUUCGUGAUCAAUCUCGCCAUGGCAGCUGUUGUCUGGUUAUUCCACCCAGAAACCUCCGGGAGAACGCUCGAAGAAAUUGACUACAUGUACUUUGGAGAUUGCGAUCGUCUUGUUGUUGUGGGAAAGAAUGGCCGCACACUACCUGGUUUCAGAAGCAUGAUGGAGCGUCCGCACAACCUUGAAACGGGUACCAAUCGUGGCGCAGCAGAGCAUUUUAUUCGAGAUGUCAAGGUCAUGACACAAACCACUUCAAGCCAGCACCUCGAGACUAUAUCGCAGUGA